AUGGAAAUGUUUGUAGAGGGUGACAUUCGUCACAACUCGGUCGAUUCCAUUGAUACCGGAAUCGACCGAGCAUAUUUUCCACGGUUUGGAUUAUCCAAAGAGUCGCGCCUCUGUGGUGGUAAGCUGGGUCUGUUUCCCCACCCACAGCACUGCGACCAGUACAUCCAGUGUUUCAACGGCGGUCUGUGGGUGCGCAAGUGUCCCGUGGGUCUCCAGUUCAACCCCGACACUCGCUACUGCGACUGGAAGUACAACGUCAACUGUCGGUCAUCAAAAUACCCCAAACCAGCGCAACCUUCCAAGUGUCCUAUCGUAUGUCCAAACCAUGUGACCUACUUCCAGUUUCCUGAUUGGACGAACUGUUCAAGUUAUUACAUAUGCACGUUUGGUUUGUUGACCAAGUCGGCCUGUCCCAGCGGUCUCUACUACGACUUCUUCAACUGGAGGUGCACAUACCCCCACCAGACCACGUGUUUUCUGUGA